AUGGAGCCGCCUUCAGUCUCAGAAGUGUCCGAAUGCAUUUCUCUACUCAAGCGUCAUCGUGCUGCUGGUCCUGACGACCUUCCACCUGCUCUUUUCAAGGAUGGCGGUGGAUUCUUCACUCAGUGCCUGUCUAGCCUAUUUGGGUUUAUCUGGGAGAAGGAGACCGUCCUAGACAAACCUUAUGGUUGUACGGCAGUGAAGAAUGAGUUUGGUAGAUUGUAUUCGCGCAUAAAACCCAGAGGGGGCGAGAUGUCUCACUCGUUAGAGUGUGAAUUUACUGACCGGAAGGGUUGGGCAACUUGGCAGUAUCCCAGCCCUCAUGCUUCCUUCAGGUGGUAUGGUACCGAAAGGCUGUUACAGCUGAACGAUAAAACCCAGGGUCGAGUAACAGAAAGUAAGUACCGACCGGCAGACGGGAGACGAAAUAUGAAAUAUGGGGAUCAUUUCACUGGAACAGUGACGGUGUUUGGUCUCCCUCCUGUUGACCUUCCCUGUUACGGUACCUUCAGCUAUCUACCCCACCUCCCCGAAUCAUCGGUGAACGAAACUGUGACAGCUACAACCGGUGUACGACAAGAUACCUUGCAUUCGCACAAGGUCACGUCUGCUGGUGAGAUGGCUCCGGAUACCCUGACAGUUGCUCAGAUCCAGUUGAAGGCGAGAAUUGGCGACCUUUCGUCACGGAAGGCCAGUUUGGAAAAAGAAAUACAAACUUUCAGCGAAGUAUUAGAAGCGAACGGAAAUGUCGGUCUUCAUGCCCCACUGGUUGAUCGAGAAGGGUUCCCUCGGUCAGAUAUAGAUUUGGUGGCGGUACGAGUAGCGCGAAACAACAUAAUACGUCUGAAUAACGACCACAAACAAGUGAUGAAUGAACUAGAAGGCUGUUUACACCAUCUUCACGAACUUGCAAGACAAGCAGGACCAACUUCACAGACUGAAGUGAAAGAAGAACCAAAAAUCCAAAGUACUACAACUGCCAAGGCACCACAGUUGAGGGCGUUUCUCGUGGUAGAGGAAGUGCAACCUGGUGGAGUUGCCGAGAGUGUGGGACUUGAGGUCGGCGACAGAAUCACGCAGUUCGGCUCAGUAUCUGCUGAAAAUUUCGAGACCUUACGUGAUAUAUCGACAGUGAUGCACAAUACGCCUGCGAACAUUCCCAUCUUACUGACUGUCAUCAAACCGUCAAAGGACAAUUCGUCGUAUGAACUUGAACUUAAAAAGCCUUCCGGUGGUGUCAGUCUGGGAAUGCGGGUGAAACCCCUGUGAUGGAUGAGUGCAAGUCAUGCGAAGCUGACUGCAUCUCUCACCCCCUCGACCUCGAUCUCCGUCAGAAAGUUCCCACACGGCCCGCUUCACAUGUGUUUUACCCGUAUGUGUGAUGCUCCCGUCGAUUUUUUCGAG